UCGGUAGCUAAGAGGCGCUGCGAUAAGCUAUGUCCUAAAUACUUCGGACCUUAUAUGGUGUUGGGAAGAGUCGGCGAGGUAGCCUACUUGUUGGAUCUCCCGGAGAAUGCAAAAAUACACCCAGUUUUCCAUGUUUCGCAAUUAAAAAGGGCAGUAGGUGAUAAACACCGUAUCCAACCGGACAUAUCUGCGCUUAAUGAUCAGAUGGAGCUAGUUUUGGUGCCCGACCAGGUGACACAACUCCGCUGGAAUGAUGCCGAAAGGGACUGGGAGUACUUGGUUCAUUGGAAAGAUCAACCGAGUCAUGAAGCCACAUGGGAAUCCUAUGCAACGCUCGUGAACCAAUUCCCCGAUUUCCACCUUGAGGACAAGGUGGCUCUUCUCCAUAGGGGUAUUGCUAGGCCUCCAACUACUCAAGUUUAUCAUAGAAAGAGGAAGAAGGGUAAGAAAGGCAUUUUAGCAUAGACAAAAUGGUAGUUGGAAUGGCCAAUGGUCCCAAGGGCACGUGGCAUCGGUAAAAGGAGUUUAUAUAUAGGGGAGCGUUUAGCUAGGGUUAGGCAUUGGAAUGUUUGGAAUGUUUUGAAUGGACAACCUUGUUCAUUUGGGAGAGAACAACCCUCUCAUCUGGCUGUAAUCAUUUUGUGAGAACCUUUUCUAAUGAAUGACUAUUCCUAUAUAAAUAUAUAAGUUCCAUAUUGCCUCAUAUUGUUAUAGAAUGCUGUGUGAUAAGUU